CGUGCAUAGGAGAAAAUAGCGCAAAGGCGUUGGGGAAUCGUCAUCGGUUAUAGUUGCAGUUGAAGGCUUAUUCAGAAUCCAAAUGAUCCACUUUGUGCUUCUCAUUAGUCGCCAAGGGAAGGUGAGACUAACGAAAUGGUACUCACCUUAUUCUCAAAAAGAAAGAAGUAAGGUAAUCCGGGAGCUCAGUGGAAUGAUUCUUACCCGUGCUCCCAAGCAAUGUAAUUUUGUUGAAUGGAGAGGAUAUAAAGUUGUUUAUAAAAGGUAUGCAAGUCUCUUUUUCUGCAUGUGCAUUGAUCAAGAUGACAACGAGUUAGAAAUCCUUGAAAUAAUUCAUCAUUUCGUGGAGAUUCUUGAUCGAUAUUUUGGCAGUGUCUGUGAAUUGGACUUGAUAUUCAACUUUCACAAGGCCUACUAUAUACUAGAUGAAAUUCUAAUUGCUGGUGAGCUUCAAGAGUCCAGCAAGAAAACAGUUGCUCGAUUGAUAGCUGCGCAGGAUUCAUUGGUUGAAACUGCAAAGGAGGAAGCCAGUUCAAUAAGUAAUAUAAUUGCUCAAGCCACUAAGUGAGGAGAACAAAUGUUAUAGUUUCCUGAUAAUAUAGUACGUCUGUGUUCCAUUUUAACAGUUAUUAAGUUCAAUUACCGUGAUCUUGAUCUAUGUUACCAUUUAUGCGGCUGGCCUUCACAUAUAAUGUUUGUAUAUGCGUGAAUUGUAUUACUUGUGGUGACACAUUUCCCUGAGGGUUUACUUUUACAUUUUAUGUUGCAUUGAGGUUGAAAUUCAAUAGUAUGCUUCUUGU